AUGGAAGAACAAAAGAGAAGCCUUAUGGGGAUCUUUACAGUGCUCCUCCUCUUUAUAUCAAUUUCGUCAUUUCAGCUCCUCUGUGCUUCUGAUAAUCCCGACGAUAUUGAUGAUGCCAUAUUCUACGAGUCGUUCGAUGAGGAUUUCGAAGGCCGUUGGACCGUUUCAAAUAAGGGUGACUACAAUGGUGUAUGGAAGCAUGCUAAGAGCGAGGGGCAUGAUGAUUAUGGACUCCUUGUCAGUGAGAAAGCAAGGAAAUAUGCCAUAGUUAAAGAACUUAAAGAACUUGUGACCCUGAAGGAUGAAACAGUUGUUCUUCAAUUUGAGACUCGGCAUCAGAGUGGCCUUGAAUGCGGUGGUGCAUACCUGAAAUAUCUUCGACCACAGGAGGCUGGAUGGACACCCAAGGAAUUUGACAAUGAAUCUCCAUAUUCUAUUAUGUUUGGUCCUGACAGGUGUGGGGCCACAAACAAGGUACACUUUAUUGUCAAGCAUAAGAAUCCCAAGAGUGGGAAAUACGUUGAGCACCAUCUCAAGAAUCCCCCAUCUGUUCCAUCUGACAAACUCACUCACGUAUACACUGCUAUUCUGAAGCCUAAAAAUGAGUUGCGUGUUUUGAUUGAUGGGGAAGUGAAGAAGAAGGCAAAUUUCUUAUCCGCUGAUGAUUUUGAACCCCCUCUCAUUCCUCCCAAGACAAUCCCAGAUCCUGAUGACAAGAAACCCGAGGAUUGGGAUGAGAGAGCAAAAAUUCCUGACCCAGAUGCAGUAAAGCCAGAUGAUUGGGAUGAGGAUGCGCCCAUGGAAAUUCUUGAUGAGGAAGCUGAGAAACCUAAAGGAUGGUUAGAUGAUGAACCCGAAGAAAUUGAUGACCCUGAAGCCACAAAACCAGAAGAUUGGGAUGACGAGGAGGAUGGGGAAUGGGAAGCCCCCAAAAUUGAUAACCCCAAGUGUGACUCUGCUCCUGGUUGUGGUGAGUGGAAGAGGCCAAUGAAGAAGAAUCCAGCUUACAAGGGAAAAUGGCAUGCCCCUCUCAUUGACAACCCAUCUUAUAAGGGUAUAUGGAAGCCACGUGAUAUUCCAAACCCUGACUACUUUGAACUUGAAAAGCCUGAUUUUGAGCCCAUCGCAGCUAUUGGUAUUGAGAUUUGGACAAUGCAAGAUGGCAUACUGUUUGACAACAUUUUGAUAGCUAAUGAUGGCAACAUUGCAGCCUCUUAUAGAGAGACUACAUGGAAGCCUAAGUAUAAUAUUGAAAAAAAGAAUCAAAAGGAAGAAGAUUCUGAUGGUGGUUCAGGUUUUCUUACAGACUUGCAGACGAAAGUAUUUGAACUUUUGUACAAGAUCGAGGACAUUCCCUUCCUUAGUGAUUACAGGAUCAAAAUACAUGAUCUCAUUCAAAGGGGUGAGAAGCAACCAAAUCUUACUAUUGGAGUUCUCGUGUCUGUUGUGGUUGUCUUAUUGACAAUCUUCUUCAAGCUCAUAUUCGGGGGAAAAAAGAAGCCGGCAAGGGUUGAGAAGCCAUACCCAGCACCCAAAGAAUCUAAGGCCGACCAAAGUGGCGAAGAGAAUUAUGAAAACAAAGAGAAGGAGGAAACAUCUACUUCUGCACCACGUAGGAGGAUAAGGCGAGAUUGA